UUAAAUGUAACAUUAUUUUUUUGGGGGCAGGCCACUUAGCAGGCCAGGCCAACGGGAAAACUCCCGGUGCUCCCGAUCGCCAGUCAGGCCCUGCAUGGUGUACAGACUACAAUACUUGCGUUGUAUAACUUAAUAUGUGCAGAUAACGAUUGUAACAUAUCUCGCGCAACAUUUUCAGUUAGCGAUCAUUGGAACAAGAAGUGUGCAAUAGAAUGGCGUCUUCUGCUACAGAGAAAUACUAUGAGUAUAUUGUGGUUGGCUGUGGUGGCAUUGGAAGUGCAACUCUAUACUGGCUGUCUACUCGUAAAGGGGUUGAUGUUUUAGGGCUAGAACAAUUUAAACUAGGUCAUGAUAAUGGUGGAUCACAAGAUUACUCUCGUAUAAUUCGAAUGAUGUACCAUGACACCAAGUAUACGAAACUUGUGAAGGAAGCUUAUAAAUGCUGGGAGGAGGUGGAGGCCGAAUCUGGCCUGCAGAUCCUUUAUAAGACCGGCGGUGUGCAGUUUGCCGUGAAGGGCACGCCUGGAGAAUCUGGUCUCGAGAAGUAUGCAGCUGCCGCAAAGGCAGAACAUAUUGCGUUUGAGAGGGUCUCUGGACAGCAGAUAACAGCACGAUUUCCUGGCUUUGCGAUGGGUUCGGACGUGGUGGGCUUAUACGAGCCGACAGCUGGCCUCGUGGAUGCUGCCGUCGGCAAUGCCACCCACAUACAGCUAGCGCAGGCACACGGGGCAACGGUGAUUGAUUCCUGCCCCGUGCUGAAGAUCGACACGCUGCCUUCUGGCGAGGCAAAGGUGUUCACCACCAGGGGGCAGUUCCGUUGCAGACGAGUUAUCAUUACUGCUGGUGCAUGGAUCAACAACGUUCUUGGCACUGUUGGCAUUCACAUUCCCGUCUCUGUGACCCAGGAGCAAGUCACCUACUUUGCUACGCCCAAUAUGAAACUGUACACAAAGAGCCAGUUUCCUAUAUUCAUAUAUAUCGGCGAGAAAGACGUGUACGGCAUACCGAUUCACGGCAACACUGGCAUGAAGGUAGGUCUCGAUGCUGAUGGACCAACAGUCAGCGCAGAAACCAGAUCCUUUACUCCCGACUCGAAACGUGAGCAGACGUGUCUGGACUUCGUGCGCAGAUUCAUGCCGAAGGCAGAGGGUCCCAUGCUAUAUAGCAAGACAUGUCUGUACACCAUGACGCGUGACAGACACUUUGUGGUUGACACCCUAGCAAGAGAGGGGAGGCAUCAAAUAGUAGUGUGUUGUGGAGCUGGGCACGCUUAUAAGUUUGCAUCUAUACUUGGCAAAAUUCUGAGCGAGUUGGCAAUAGAUGGCAGCACCAACUAUGACAUAUCCGGAUUCGGUCUGCGCAGACGUGCGAUAACGGAUCCAACAUUUAAAGCUCAGCAUCACAUGGCAGUAGAAGAGCAAAAAUCGAAAUUGUAAGGCGACUAAGUUGGAAUCUAGAAAAUUCCACAUUAAUAUAUGGGAUCCACUG